AUGCGGCUCACGCAGUUAUCGGUUCUUUUGUCGCUUCCCGCUGCUGUCUUCUCCGUCAUCAUCUUCCCCGAAGCCGAAGUCUUCCAGAACCAACCUGGAGACUCUCCCAACCGGCUGUCCGAGGCCGCCGCGACUGAAUACACCGAAUGGUCAUGGGCCAAGAUUGGCGGGUCGCCUGCAUCCAAGUUUGAUGAAGAGGAGGAACAAUCUGCACCUGAGCUCAGACUCACUCCCAAGAUCGCCCACCCCCCUCAUGCCAUCGAGACGAUCGCCGAAGACAACUGGAUCAAGAUCACAAGACUGUCGCCUAAACUCGCCUCACCCGCAAAGACAACCGAGGGCGACUCUGACGAUGACCAGCCUCUCCCCGUGGUGAUCUGGCAUGGCCUCGGGGAUUCAGCCGAUGCCAAAGGUAUCAAAGAGAUUGCAGCCAUGUUGGACAAUAUCCAUCCGGGUACAUAUACAUAUAUCAUUUCGUUGGGUGGUAACCCGGGCUCUGCAGAUCGCCAGGCUUCGUUCUUUGGUAACGUCACGGAACAAAUCCUUGCCGUUUGCCACAUGCUGGCGAGCGACAACAUUCUGCGUACAGCCCCGGCCCUCGACGCCGUCGGGUUCAGCCAGGGUGGCGUCUUCCUGAGAGGUUACGUCGAGAGAUGCGCCGAUUGGGCGCCGAAGAUUCGAUCUCUGAUCACUUUCGGGUCUCCGCAUAACGGCAUCGCCGAAUUUCAGAAAUGCGCCUCGGCCUCAGACUGGAUUUGUCAAGGUGCCAACGCGCUCUUGAAGAGCAGCACGGUCUGGUCCGACUUUAUCCAAUCCAGACUCGUUCCGGCUCAAUAUUACCGCGAUACGAAGGACUUUGACAAUUACCUCGAGCAUUCCAAUUACCUUGCAGAUAUCAACAACGAGCGCGCUCGCAGGAAUGCCACCUACGCCCAGAAUCUGGCCACACUCGAAAGAUUUGUGAUGAUCCUCUUCGACGACGACAAAACUCUCAUUCCAAAAGAGAGUGCGUGGUUCGCAGAAUUCAACGAGACUGAGAACUCGAUUACACGCCUCCGAGAUAGACCCAUCUACGAAGAGGAUUGGAUCGGCCUGAAGAAGCUGGAUGCAAAGGGCGGCCUCAAGUUCGUAGGCUUGCCAGGUGAACAUAUGGAGUUGCGGGCGAAGGAUUUGAGGAGCUUGUUUGAGGUAUUUUUUGGGCCGGCAGGAAAGGAGUUUGACGAGCACCUUUACUCGGAAAAGGAGCAGGAGAUUGAGAUGAAGCCCGAGUUGUAA